AUGCUCGCGCGCGUGUCGGCGACGACGGUCAUCGUCGCCGUCGCCGUCGACACGCGCGCGGACCUCUCCGGGGCCGUGCGCGCGCUGGCGGCGGCGAGCGACGCGGCGCGGCGUCCCAAGCCUCUCAAGCUUGUCGCCUUCAGAGAGAAGCCGAUCACUUAUCCGGUAGCGACGCAAUCGCAGCUCGAGCCGUCGAUUCGCGCGAUGCACUCGCCCGCGUUCGAGCGCGUCCUCCUCGACGCGCUGCGGCGCAAGGACCCGGGCGAGGCCAACGCGCCCGCCGGCUCCUCGUGUUGCAUCAUCUACAUCUCGUCGCGCGGCGAGCUCCGGUACGCCGGUUCGCACCUCAUCGAGAAGGAGCUCUGGGAGCGGCACAAGAACGAGUUCUUCGAGCUGCUGCGCGCGGGCGACGCGCGCAAGCUCGAGGCGCUGCUCCGCUUCCUCCUAAAGACCCGCGUCAACCAGCACGCGAGCACCUGCCGCGCGGGGACCGCGCCGGACGACAUGGUCGACUACUUCAAGGAGUUCAAGACGUCGACGGAGUUCAAGACGAGCUUCCGGCCCGCGUUCGCGUUCUACAGCAAGGCGGGCUGGAGCCGCGCCGUCUUCCUCCACGGGGUCCAGUACCCGGCGGAGAGCCGCCUGAUCGACGUCAUCGGCCCCGACGGCGACUGGUUCUUCAACGUGAACUCCGCGCCGGUGGCCGGCGGCAACGUCUGGUCGUUCUACGUCCUCGACGUCGACGACGUGGUCCGCCUCUCGUGCCACACGCUCGCGGCGACGAAGAAGCGCGUCGAGUCGUGGAAGCGUUCAACGUUCAAGGAGACGAUGGCGAAGAAGCCGCAGCACGAGAAGGACGCGCAGCAGAAGCAGCGGUUAAAGACGAAAGCGGAGAACCUCGCGCCGGAGCGCCUCGCGCGCGAGGAAGCCUACCAGGAGCCGGACGACCUCGUGCCCGUCGACCUCAUGCCCGCCACGGUCGCAGUCAAGGAGCUGUACCUUCGCGGCGGCUGCGACCAGUUCGGCCAGAAAUCCAUCGCCCGCUCCAUGGGCGGCGCGAAAGCGGUCAAAAAGCGCCUCGUCGAGAAGCGCGCGGAGAUGGCCGCGAAGCGGGCCGCCGCCGCGGGCCUCGCGAACCCGGCCGCGCCCCGCGCGCCGGGCGCCGUCGUCGAGGAGGCGCCGCGCCGGUCGUCGUCGCGCGGCUCCGGCCGCGGCCCCGCGGUCGCCGCGGGGGCGCCGAAGCGCCGCGUCCGCGCCGCCGCGCCGCUGUCGCCGACGGACGCGCCGACGGCGCCGAAGCGGUCCGCCGCCAUCCGCGCCUCGCCGCCGCGCGCUCUGCGGGCCGCGCUGGCGGCCUCCGCGGCCGCUCCCGCGGCGGCGGCGCCGGCGCGCCGGUCGACCCGCGCCUCCUCCGCCGCCGCCGCGCCGCCGGCCGCCGCUCCGGCGCCGCCGCCGCGCCGGUCGACCCGCGCCUCCGCCGGGGCGCCGGCGUCCUCCGCGCCGCUCGCGCCGUCGUCGCCGCGCGACCGCGCGCGCGUCACCAUCGACGCCGCGCUCGCCUGCUCCGCCGCGGACGGCGCCGACCCCCGCGACGAACUCGCCGCCCUCGUCGCCGAGGCCUCCUCCCGUUUGAUGGACCUCAGCCUCUAA